AUGGGCGUGCUUGAUCCUACUCAAUUGGAGAUUGCUAAUCUCGCGCCUGCAACGGUGUCACUGGUGAUACUUGUGCUCCUCGUUGCUGUAGCCUUUCGCAUCUGGAGAGCUCUUGUAACUCCUCUGAGAGACCUCCCAGGGCCUGUAUUUGCCAGCUUCACUCGGCUAUGGUAUCUCAAGAAUGUCUGGAGAGGAGACUUUGAGAAAGUGAAUGUUAAGCUCCAUGAGCGAUACGGGCCAAUCGUGCGCAUAGCGCCAAAUGAAUACAGCAUCGACGACCCCGAGGCUAUCAAGGUCAUCUACGGCCACGGCACUAGUUUCACAAAGGCUCCAUGGUACUACGCCUCUGGCAGCGCCGAUCCAAAUGAACAUAAUCUGUUCACAGAUCGCAAUCCUAAGAGACACUCUGAAACCCGUCGAAAGGUGGCCGCCCUUUAUUCCAUGAGCACAUUGGUGCAGCUGGAGCAUUUUGUGACAGAAGGCGCGGAAUGUAUGGUGGACAAGUUCGAGGGUUUCGCGCAGAGCGGAGUAACAGUUAACAUGCAAGAAUGGGCGCAAUUCUGGGCAUUUGAUGUUAUUGGACUCAUCACGCUAGCUAAACGAUUUGGCUUUCUCGACACCGGGAGAGACCAAGGAGGUCUUCUCGGUGCACUACACGGCUAUCUACUCCAUUGCGCUAACGUGGGGAUCUACCACGAGUGGCAUCCCUUGGUCACAAAGCUCGAACAAAUGCUCCCAGGGCAAGGCAUGUCGUAUCUGACGGGCUUUACCCAAAAGGAGAUCACAGAGCGCCUUAAUGCUACUAAACGCGAUAUUGAAUCGUCGAAGGAGGGUGCCGACUUUUUGAGUAAGCUACUUAAGAUGCACUCAGAUGAUCCAGCAAAAAUCACUAUGGCGGAGGUCUUCCUAGGUUGUCUCACCAACAUUGGCGCUGGAUCAGACACUACCUCCAUCAGUUUCGCCGCUAUCAUGUACCACCUUAUCAAGAACCCGGAGGUGUACAAGAAGCUACGCACCGAGAUUGACUCGAAAGUCAAAGAAAAGCCCUGUCCUAACGACAUCAUCACGUUCGCCGAGACACAAACCAUGCCCUACCUACAAGCAAGCAUCAAAGAAGGCCUCCGAAUGCACCCCGCCACUGGUCUGCCUCUAGCACGCGUGGUCCCCGUAGGCGGCGCAACGAUAUCUGGCCGCUACUUUCCCGAAGGGACCAUUGUCGGUGUCAACAGCUGGGUAGCACACCGCAACAAGAGCGUCUUCGGCGCCGACGCCGCGCAGUACCGGCCCGAACGCUGGCUCGAGAGCCCUGAACGCUCGUCCCAGAUGGAACGCUAUUUCAUGGCUUUUGGUGUAGGCUCACGUACCUGCAUCGGCAAGAACAUCAGCUUGCUGGAGAUCUCGAAGCUGGUCCCAGAGUUCGUGCGGCGGUUCGAUUUCGAGCUCCAGAGCCCUGAUCAACCCCUCAACACGCACAAUGCAUGGUUCGUGAAGCAAACGAACUUCUUCGUCAAGGUCGCGAAGCGGAAAAUUGAUAAGCUUGAUGGCUGA